GCUUGACCGCUUUCUAUAAAUAGUUAGACCCCCCAACUUGUCUCCAGGGGUAAAGCAGUUUAUUCUCAUCUUAACAUCGCAUCGCAUCACCAUGAUUGACGAUACCCUGACAGUUCAUACGACUUCAGAUGUCAUCAACAACCGUGCGGCCGAACCUCCAUCCAUAUUCCAGAGAGGCGAGUUUGUCGCAUUAGGCUCAACAUCAUUCGUUGAGCGUCUCCCCAAUGGCGACAUCAUCAAGACCGCAUGGCCCGGAGCCGAUCGAGUCGCCGAGCGUCGCCGCGAACUUGCCCUCGAGUCUCAGAUCUACGACAGACUCGGCCAACAUCCCCGCAUCGUAAAGAAAAAGGCCUGGGAUCCUGAUAACCAUACCUUGACUCUGGAGUACAUGCCCAAUGGGACUCUGAAGGCCUAUCUUGAAUCGGAUCAACAUGUCUCUAUGAGCCAGCGCCGUCGAUGGAUCAUGCAGGCUGCCGAGGGCGUCGAGCUCCUGCACCGCUCGGCCGUCAUACACUGCGACGUCGGGCCACAUAAUUAUCUCCUGGAUCAUCAACUAGACCUCAAGAUUGCUGAUUUCGCGGGCUCGUCACUCAACCAUUCAGCAACCGAUACUUGCCCGGGCGCGCGGUACACACCGCCUCACCUGGACAGGACUUGGUACCAGAACCCAGGACGCCAAGUCGACAUAUUCGCGCUGGGCUCGACGAUAUACUACAUCCUGACGGGCAAAGCGCCCUUCGCGGAAUUUGAUAGUGAAAAUGUAGAGAAGAGGUACCUAGCGCACGAGUUUCCUGACCUCGCAGAUAUACCCUAUGCAGAAAUCAUCCGAGGGUGCUGGUUACAGGAGUUUGCAUCAGGGCGCGAGGUGAUGGAGUUGAUGAAGAAUACAUAUUCUGUAAGUGAUGAGGUAUGUGGUUCAGUAGUAGCCUCGUAGUCCAUGUAUUUUAUUCCCUCGAGCAGACGGGGGUCAACCAAUGGUCUGGAAUAGCCAUACGUAGCAUGAUGCGUGGAGUGGAUGACGCAGAUUUCUAUCGAGAGGAUAGAUAGGAAUAG